AUGUCCGAUAUGGCUGUCUCCGACCCAGGGAGUCCUUCAGCAGAUGCUGUGAACGAUCUUUUUGACUAUGAUGUUGGUUUGGAUGAUAUGGUCUUUCCAGACAAUGCUACAUCGAACGCUCCUGUGUCGAAGCCGCCCACGCAAGAUCCCUCGGGGCUUGGGUUGGGGCUGGAUGAAGAGGUCACAGUGACGAAGAAGCGACAACCAGUGGCUAAGUUGGACGAGGGUCGCCUACUUUCACAACGGGGCAUUCCCAAGCUGCGACACACCGCCAAACACAAGUUAAAAUCCAAGGGAAAAGGGCAUGAGUUCUCGGAUGCCGCGCGUCUUUUGAAUUUCUACCAGCUCUGGCUAGAUGACCUGUUCCCGCGCGCGAAAUUUGCAGACGGCCUGGCUAUGAUCGAAAAACUGGGUCAUUCAAAACGAAUUCAGACCAUGCGACGGGAAUGGAUCGACGAGGAAAAACCAAGGUUGUUCGACGAGGACCCUGUACCCGAAGCCCCAAAGUCUGGUGAACUCCCAAGCGAGAAUGUGGACGCAACAGGUCCUUCAGUUGCAGCUACUGGUCAGCCUCACCAAGACCGACCCUUUCAGCAAACCCAUUCCGAAGAAGGGACCGCUCAUCGAGAAUUGUUCAUUCCGGAUCCUACAAAAGAUACACGGCCCACGACCAGUCACCCGGAACCCGAGGAUGAUGAUCUUGAUGAUCUCCUCAGGGAACAGGAUGAGGCCAUGGAUGACGUUGCUCCCCCCAACCUAUCGGAGUCGAUGUCGCAAGCACCGGAUCGCGGCCAUGACAACUAUGACGCGGAAUAUGAAGUUAUGCAGGAACUCGGAAUUUAG